UCUCUGCCCCCAAGCUGCUCGCAGCCGCUUCCCGCUCCUGUACCUCUGUGGAUCCUGCGCCCAACUGCACCCUAAUCCACACAGUCUGGGACCAAAACGUGGAGGGGAAAGACCCCGAAGACCAGCUCCCACUUUUCACACAACCUCCCUGCCUGGCCGCCUCCGACUUGGGCUUCCUUUCUCGCUACAGGUUCUAGAGAGCACAAACAGCUCCACCAUGGGGCUGGCCUGGGGACUCGGUGUCCUGUUGCUGUUCCAUGUGUGUGGCUCCAACCGCAUUCCAGAGUCUGGAGGUGACAGCAGCCGCGUAUUUGACAUCUUUGAGCUCACAGGAACUGCCCGCAGGGGCUCAGGGCGCAGACUGGUCAAGGGCCCGGACCCCUCCAGCCCAGCCUUCCGCAUCGAGAAUGCCGAUCUGAUCCCCCCUGUCCCCGAUGACAAGUUCCAAGACUUGGUGGAUGCAGUGCGAGCUGAGUCAGGCUUCCUGCUGCUGGCCACCCUGCGGCAGAUGAAAAAGACACGGGGCACACUGCUGUCUCUGGAGCGCAGGGACGGCUCAGGCCAUGUCUUCAGCGUGGUCUCCAACGGCAAGGCGGGCUCACUGGACCUCAGCCUGAACGUGCAAGGCAAGCAGGCCCUGGUUUCGGUGGAGGAAGCGCUCCUGGCCACUGGCCAGUGGAAGAGCAUCACGCUUUUUGUGCAAGAGGAUCGGGCCCAGCUGUAUGUGGACUGUGAGAAGAUGGAGAGCGCUGAGCUCGACUUCCCCAUCCAGAAGGUCUUCACCCGGGACCUGGCCAGCAUUGCCAGGCUCCGAAUUGCCAAGGGCGACCUCAACGACAACUUCCAGGGGGUGCUGCAGAAUGUGAGGUUUGUCUUUGGAACCACACCAGAAGACAUCCUCAGGAACAAAGGCUGCUCCAGCUCUACCAAUGUUCUUCUCACACUGGAUAACAAUGUGGUGAAUGGCUCCAGCCCUGCCAUCCGCACUAACUACAUCGGUCACAAGACCAAGGACCUGCAUGCCAUCUGUGGCAUCUCCUGUGAUGAACUGUCCAGCAUGGUCCUGGAACUCAGGGGCCUACGGACCAUGGUGACCACCCUGCAAGACAGCAUCCGAAAAGUGACUGAAGAGAGCAAGGACUUAGCUAAUGAGCUGAGGAGGUCCCCCCAUUGCUAUUACAAUGGGGUACAGUACAAGAACAAUGAGGAGUGGACAGUGGAUAGCUGCACUGAGUGCCAAUGUCAGAACUCAGUUACCAUGUGCAAGAAAGUGUCCUGCCCCAUUAUGCCCUGCUCCAAUGCCACAGUUCCUGAUGGAGAAUGCUGCCCACGGUGUUGGCCCAGUGACUCUGCAGAUGAUGGCUGGUCCCCAUGGUCUGAGUGGACCUCCUGCUCAGUGACCUGUGGCAAUGGGAUCCAGCAGCGGGGCCGCUCCUGUGACAGCCUCAACAACCGCUGUGAGGGUUCCUCUGUCCAGACACGCACCUGCCACAUCCAGGAGUGUGAUAAGAGAUUUAAGCAGGAUGGCAGCUGGAGUCACUGGUCCCCCUGGUCCUCUUGUUCGGUGACAUGUGGUGAGGGUGUGAUCACAAGGAUCCGGCUCUGCAACUCUCCCAGCCCCCAGAUGAAUGGAAAGCCAUGUGAAGGCGAAGCCCGGGAGACCAAAGCCUGUGCCAAAGAUGCCUGCCCCAUCAAUGGAGGCUGGGGUCCCUGGUCACUGUGGGACAUCUGCUCUGUAACCUGUGGAGGAGGAGUACAGAGACGCAGCAGGCUCUGCAAUAACCCUGCACCCCAGUUUGGAGGCAAGGACUGCAUCGGUGAUGUGACCGAAAGCCAGAUCUGCAACAAGCAGGACUGCCCAAUUGAUGGAUGUCUAUCCAACCCCUGCUUUGUGGGUACCAAGUGUACAAGCUAUCCUGACGGCAGCUGGAAAUGUGGAGCAUGUCCCCCUGGUUACAGCGGGAAUGGCAUCCAGUGCACAGAUGUCAAUGAGUGUAAAGAAGUGCCCGACGCCUGCUUCAACCACAAUGGGGAGCACAGGUGCAAGAACACCGACCCUGGCUACAACUGCCUGCCCUGCCCACCACGCUUCACUGGCACACAGCCCUUUGGCCGGGGUGUAGAGCACGCAGCUGCCAACAAACAGGUGUGCAAGCCCCGCAACCCCUGCACAGAUGGGACACAUGACUGCAAUAAGAAUGCCAAGUGCAACUACCUAGGUCACUACAGUGACCCCAUGUACCGCUGCGAGUGCAAGCCUGGCUAUGCAGGCAACGGCAUCAUCUGUGGAGAGGAUACAGACCUGGAUGGCUGGCCCAAUGAAGACCUGGUGUGUGUGGCCAAUGCCACCUACCACUGCAAAAAGGAUAACUGCCCCAACCUUCCCAACUCGGGGCAGGAAGACUAUGACAAGGAUGGGAUUGGUGAUGCCUGUGAUGAUGAUGACGACAAUGACAGAAUCCCAGAUGACCGGGACAACUGUCCAUUCCAUUACAACCCAGCUCAGUAUGACUAUGACAGAGAUGAUGUGGGAGACCGCUGUGACAACUGCCCCUACAACCACAACCCAGACCAGGCAGACACAGACAACAAUGGGGAAGGGGAUGCCUGUGCUGCAGACAUUGACGGGGAUGGCAUCCUCAAUGAGCGAGAUAACUGCCAGUAUGUGUACAAUGUGGACCAGAGAGAUACGGACAUGGAUGGGGUAGGAGAUCAGUGUGACAACUGCCCCCUGGAGCACAACCCAGAUCAGUUUGACUCAGACUCAGACCGAAUUGGAGACACUUGUGACAAUAAUCAAGACAUUGAUGAAGACGGCCACCAGAACAACCUGGACAAUUGCCCCUAUGUGCCCAACGCCAACCAGGCUGACCAUGACAAGGACGGCAAGGGUGAUGCCUGUGAUCAUGAUGAUGACAAUGAUGGCAUUCCUGAUGACAAGGACAACUGCAGACUUGUGCCCAACCCUGACCAGAAGGACUCUGAUGGUGAUGGCCGAGGUGAUGCCUGCAAAGAUGACUUUGACCAUGACAGUGUGCCAGACAUUGAUGACAUCUGCCCUGAAAAUGUUGACAUCAGUGAGACUGAUUUCCGCCGAUUUCAGAUGAUUCCUCUGGAUCCUAAAGGGACAUCCCAGAAUGAUCCCAACUGGGUUGUGCGUCAUCAGGGUAAAGAGCUGGUCCAGACUGUCAACUGCGAUCCUGGCCUAGCUAUAGGCUAUGAUGAGUUCAAUGCCGUGGACUUCAGUGGCACUUUCUUCAUCAACACCGAGAGGGACGAUGACUACGCCGGCUUCGUAUUUGGCUACCAGUCCAGCAGCCGCUUCUAUGUGGUGAUGUGGAAGCAGGUCACCCAGUCCUACUGGGACACAAACCCCACCAGGGCACAGGGAUACUCAGGCCUUUCUGUGAAGGUUGUCAACUCCACCACUGGGCCCGGCGAGCACCUGCGCAAUGCCCUUUGGCACACAGGGAACACCCCUGGCCAGGUGCGCACCUUGUGGCAUGACCCCCGACACAUAGGCUGGAAGGAUUUCACUGCCUACAGGUGGCGUCUCAGCCACAGGCCCAAGACAGGCUUCAUCAGAGUGGUGAUGUAUGAAGGGAAGAAGAUCAUGGCUGACUCAGGACCUAUCUAUGACAAGACCUAUGCCGGUGGAAGGCUGGGCAUGUUUGUCUUCUCUCAGGAAAUGGUGUUCUUCUCAGACCUGAAAUAUGAGUGCAGAGAUUCCUAACUGUCAAGCGGCUGAUCAAACGACUGGUCAUAACCAAUGCCGGUAUUGUGCUUUCUGAAGCCAUGGGCUUGAGCAGACCCCAGGAUCACACCUCCCUGCUCAUCUCUUUCCUCUGCUUGCCUCAGUGCAGAAUCCUAGAACAUGUGACUUGCCUCAAGAAAAAAAAUGCAUUUCUCCCCACACAGACUCAGCAGUCAGCUUCUAAACCAGAAAAGAAGCUCCUAGAAAUAUAAACAGCUCCUUUAAGUGUGCUUUUGUGACAUGAACGUAGACACUGGCUCCAAUGGGAAGGUACCCAUUCAAACUUUGGUCACAGAGCAGAGUGCUAAUUGGGAGGCCAGCUCUGAGUUCUGCACUCCAACUCAUUUUCAAGCAUGUGAGAGAAGGGAGGAUUCACUAAAAUUAGCAAACCAAGCUACUCCUGACAUCUCCCUCCAGAACAGGAGGUGCUGGGGCCAAGGCCCCUUGGGGAGGGCUCUUAACCAGGAGACUAUAUGAAGAGAAUACGGAGGAACUGUUACAUGCUCGGUACUCAAUCAUUUUCGGGAGACUGAAAGACUGUGCUGGAUUUCAUGAUGCUGACUGGUGUUAGCUGAAUAGCCCAUAUAAAUAGGCACCUAAAUAGAAAUGGAAAAUUGAGUGGAACCCCACCUCUUCUGAAUCACCUACAGUGACUAGAGUAGGAGAUCAGAAUUAGACCAGCAGGAGAAAGCGCCAGCCACCACUGCCUGGUUGCAAUGACAUUGUUGGUUUGGUUCAAGAUGUAGCUUGUGCAGAUGUAGCAGAAAGAAUACAAAACCCAACCAUCUCACUGAGCACUGGGUACCUCCCAGGGGAGGGGCAGAGUGCUUAUAUUUUUAUGGUUAGAAAGGCACAAAAUCAUUAUCAGCGAAAACAUUCCUUUUUUUUUUUCUGAAUAGCAUGGAGUUUUACAGUUCUCUCUUUUGGACUGUAGAUGUUUAUUCUUUUUUUUUUUUUCCUGUAGCAGAUGCUUUGAAGUGGAUAAUAUUUAUUUUCUACUUCUUCUGGAGAGGCUGUCUAACUAUUCAUGGGACAGAGAGAAACAGAAGGUCAACCUAUGUCAUCUUUGUCAUAAGUCUUCAUGACUGUAUGAUUGUAAAUACAGAUUAUUUAUUGACUCUAUUCUACCUGGAACCGUAGGUUUCAAGUGGAAAGUGCUGGAAAGCAGGCAGUUGAGAUUAAUCAGCCACUCUCCUGCAAGAGUGGCACAAAGAAAGCACUACUCUACUCUGUGCUCAAAGUGAACGAUCUGGGAGUCUUCUUGCCCCCACUCCACUCUGUUUUGUGUUUUCAAGUGAAAUUGGUUGUACAUGUGUUUAAAUCGCAAAGCACAUCAUUUGGUCUUUUAAUAUUGUUUUUGCCCCAUCCCUUGUGCCUGACUCCAGGAGUAAAAAAAGCAUCUACACUUUCUUCUUGUUUUUUCCAAAAGAGAAAAAAAAAAGGACAAAGGUGAAACUUAUAUACAAAUAUUACCUCAUUUCUUGUGUGACUGAGUAAAGCAUUUGGGGAUCAAGCAGAAAGAGUUUAAGUGUCUGACAAACUUAAAGCUACUGUAGUAUCUGAAAAGUCAAUGUUGUACAUAGUGUAAGAAUUCUUUACAGAAAAGUAUUCCCAAAAAAGGAAACAACAUUGAAAUACUAAAUACAACUUCUGAAAAGUGAUUUUUUUCCUAUCAUCUUGUGUACCAUUGCUUUAUUUUUAUAAAUUAUUUUCUCAUCGCCAUUGGAAUAGAGAUCUGAUUGUGUAGAUAAUGCUAUUUAAAUAAUUUAUCAGGAAAUACUGCCUGUAGAGUAUUUCUAUUUUUAUAAACUGUUUGCACACUGAAUUGAAGAAUUGUUGGUUUUUCUCUUUUUUGUUUGGUUUUUAUUUUUGUUGUUGUUGAUGUUUUGCUUGUUAACCCCCUCCCUCAAGUUUUUACUAUUUGCCAAUACCUUUUUCUAGGAAUAUGCUUUUUUGUACACAUUUUUAUCCAUUUUACAUCAUAAAACAGCGUAAGUUGUAUAUUACUAGUUCUUAUGUAUAAGGAAUAAUAAAUCAUAUGAAAAUUUAUAUUUGUA